AUGGUGCUUGCCCCCUUCCUCGUGCUGUUCUCAUUCGUGCAGCAUGUGGUUAAUGCAGAGGAGCUGCAGCUGCCGCAGCAAGUCUUCGAGAGAGAGGCACCGCCCGCAUUCCUGAGUCUGUCCGACGGCGGCGUCGAUUCCUGCACGACGGACAAUGUCUGCCAGGAGAUCUGCGAGACGGACUUCAUGGUGUACCCGCUAGGGGACAAGUGCUUCGAGUACUGCCACGAAGACAUCCACUACAUCUGGGAUGUUUUCGACAAGUACUGCGGGGAAGGCCUCCAUGAUGAGCAUCAUUUCUGCGCAGAUCUCUGCUACGACGGCUUCUACUGCGGGGAUUCUACAUGUGGACCGUGUGAAGACAAGUGCGUGGAAGCGUUUGGAUUGGUCCAUGAUAUUUUCGACACCUGUGCCGACUGCGACGACAUUGGGGAUGACUACGACGACGACUACUACAAGACCACGACGACCACUACUUUCGACAAGUGUACCAGUUAUGGUGCUGACAGGUGCUAUGACCUGGAGUGCUGGUGCCAUGACAUCUGCGACAUCAUCAAGUGCCCCCAUUGCGAGGAGCUUUGCUACAAGAACGAGGACAGGGUUUGGCCCAUCUUCGAGCGCUACUGCGAGUGCGGCUUCUGCAACGAGGCAGACGGAGAGCAUGCCGGCUUGUUGCAGUUCCGGGUUCACAGUGCUGCUUCGUCUGAGUCGACGUGCGGCUGCCGAAGUGAGCACCAGUACUGCAUCGAUAUCUGCCAUGGCCUUGGUUAUGGUGGAGAGGGGCUGGCACGCUGCACGGAGGAUUGCUACUCAAGUGGAAAGCUCGAAGGAAUCUUGGAAGAUUACUGCCACGAGUGCCACGAGGACGACUACGAGACAACCACCAAGUCCGAAACGACCACAACGACCACAACGACGACGACCACAACGCCCGAGCCUUACGAGACGACCACAAAACCAUAUGAAACGACCAGGCCACCCUACGAGACGACCAGGCCGCCUUACGAGACGACCAGGCCACCCUACGAGACGACCAGGCCGCCCUACGAGACGACCAGGCCGCCCUACGAGACGACCAGGCCGCCUUACGAGACGACCAGGCCGCCCUACGAGACGACCAGGCCGCCUUACGAGACAACCAGGCCACCCUACGAGACGACCAGGCCGCCCUACGAGACCACUCGGCCCUAUUACCCCCCUGCUCCAGAGCCGUACCCUGUUCCAGGGCCGUACCCUGCUCCAGACUACUACCCGGCUCCAGAUGUGCCAUACUACUGGAAGAUCAAGGCGGCAAAGGCCAAGAUCAACUACAACAACCAGAAGUACAAGGCCAUCGCAAAGGCAGAGUCCUUCAAGGCAAGGCACGCAGAUUACUUCGGCAAGUAUCCCAAGAAGGACGUUCCAUGGGAGUGGAAGGUGAAGGCAGCCAAGGCCAAAGCCUACUACGAAGGGAAGAAGUACCAGGCCGAGGCAGCGGCAGCAGCUUUCAAGUGGAAGCACCCAGAGAUCUUCGGCAAACACUACCGGUAG